GUGUGGUAUGAUGAGAAAUAUAGUUAAAUAAGAGAGGAGAAUAUAUAGCAAAAGAGAAUAGAAUACAACAAUGCGCGCGAUUCCACUCUCCACGGAAGCUUUCCUAUUCCCUCAACCAUCACACACUUCCAUUAUUCCCAUCACCCAUUCCUCCACCCUUUUAUCCUCUCACCCUUUUCAUUUCAACAAAACCCUCUCCACCACACCACGCUCCUUCACCUCCAAAACCACUCCUUCCUUCUAUCCAGCUUCCAAAUCCAACAACCCAAUCACUCUCGACGACGAUGAUUCCGAGAAUUUGUUGGUCUCAGAGGAUAACAAAGUUCAAGAGUUAGAUUCGUUGGUUGAGGAUGGGGUUUUCAUAGAGGUCACCAAGCUUGAGAAGAAUUCACGCAGAAUCGAGUCUAGGAUUUCAAUUGAAGCUUCACUUGAUUCCGUUUGGAAUAUUUUGACUGAUUAUGAGAGGCUGGCGGAUUUUAUUCCUGGACUUGCUCUUAGUAAAUUGAUCCAAAAGAGUCCCAAUUUUGCUCGACUUUUGCAGAUUGGAGAGCAGAGCUUGGCAUUUGGGCUAAAAUUUGAUGCCAAAGGAGUUAUAGAUUGUUUCGAGAAAGAAUUGGUGACUCUUCCAUCUGGUAUGAAGCGGGACAUAGACUUCAAGAUGAUUGAAGGGGAUUUUCAACUAUUUGAAGGAAAAUGGUCUAUUUCACAGUUGUUCAUCAGUGGAAGUGACGAGUCUCCAAUACGAGAGAUUAGCACGACACUUACAUACAUUGUUGAUGUCAAGCCAAAGAUGUGGUUGCCGGUUGGGCUCAUAGAGGGUAGACUUUGUAAAGAGAUAAAAAAGAACCUUAUAGCCGUAAGAGGCGAAGCUCAGAAAGCUACUGACAGAACCAUGGAUGUAAAUCAAUUUGGAUGAGGUUUUGUAAAUAUUAUCAUAGAAAAAAUGACUACAAGUCAAAUUCAUUGCGUCGAUUCUCACUUUGUAAAGUUGCAAGGUUGGCCAUAUUCUGUUCCUAAAUAAUGUUCAAGUUCUGGACUGGACCACACUGUUAUUUACUUUGAACCCUUUAUACUCACUUGAUAAAGUACCAGUUGUUAUUUUCUGCUACUGGCAACAGUUCCAAAUACUUCUGAAUGUAGGACUUAAGCUAUGUAAGUGCAAAGGUCUGUAACACAGGUAUCCAUUAAGUUGGAAUUGUUUGGCUGACCAA